CGCCAGUGCCCCAGCAGGUGCCUUCAACAACGCCUGUAAUGCCUAAGCGUGGAAUGGAGAGAAGCGCGACGCCUGAAGUCUCCUUGGACAAAAGAAAGCCGAGCCCUAGCAUUCGAACUCUGACUAGCUUUUUUGGGAAAGAAUCACCUCCAGCAGGGACACGGAUGUCCCCAGCGACUGCAGCGAGAGAAGCCGUGGGGGAACAGCAGCAAGGAAUUAAGCAGCAAGGAAUUAACAGGAGCAGUGCUCAGCAACAACAAACGGCUCAACAGUCUCAGCCUGUGUCUCAAUCUAAUAUGGCUCAAUAUCAAACUCAAGAACACCAACAGACUUAUCAACUACGGCAAGGCGCAGUAGUACAGGAGCAGCAGCAAGGAGUUGCAGCCUCUUCAGGUAGUACAUUCGUGACACCGCGAGAGGAAGAGCAUAAUGUUACGGGUAACAUGGGUUCUUCAGGAGCAAAAGUAGGAGCAAACUACAGUGGCG